GACGUUUCUUGUGUGUUAGUACAUUUGACUGGAUCAUGGCCUCGUUCACUCAGCCCGAAGAUGACUCAGUCCCGAUCACCGUGUCAACUCGCCCGUUCGACGACGACGGUUAUCUGGGAUACGACCCGCGACUCCCCUCCCAGCGAUUUGACUCCUUCGUCGAGGCCGAGUCGCUCAAGGACUCCGCUACCGAUUCCCCAAUCUUCCACGGCUCCGCCGCAGGCGAUGCUUUCGCCACUCAGCCUGCGUCGGAGGCUUUCUCUCCUCCGUCGAUCUACGCCGAAUCGAAUGGACAGGGCUUCAAUGGAGGUUUUGGCGGGUCCGACGAUCCAAUUUUGCCGCCUCCUUCGGAGAUGCUGCCCGAUGAGGGCUUCGCUCUCAGAGAGUGGAGGAGACUUGUUGAAAUCUUUCUCUCCUUGGACCGCAUCGGGGAAGUCUUUCUCUCCUUAAACUCAGAUGGGUUGUCUUGGAAAUCGCUCGAGCCAUUGGAAAAUGAUGACUCAAUUUUUUUGGGCAAUUUUUCAGAGUAA